UAUUGACAAUUGCCCUAUGAUUUUUUUUUGAGAAAAUGCCUUAUAUAGCACCAAAUCAAGUUUUUGUUCCCAAACUAGCACUCAAGAUCCAAAAUCACAAAAAUAAAUUUCAUUAAAUGGAAUCAUUUACCAUUAUGCCCUCUCCUUUGAUUAAUUAAAAAAAAAUCGAAAAUCUAAUCGUCGGAAACAAUCCCGUCGUGUUCAUCUUCCUCGUCCUUCACCUACGACAGAAUACCAUUGCUCCGCCGUGUUUCUUUCCGUCGUCAUCAGAUCUACCGUCUUCAGGUCAGUACAUCCGUCGUCAUCAGAUCCGUUGUGGCUGUCAUCAGAUAUUAGCUUUGUGGUGAUGUAUCUAGAAGCCGUGCCUCCGAUCGGAUAAAUAAAAGAGGAGAAUCAGUGGAUGAUAAGAUUAAAAACUUGAUGUUGAGCUCUGCAAAUACAGAGAGCAGAUUCAAAAGACACGAUCUGGUCCUGUUCAACAAGCUCUCAAAGCUCGUGCUAUGAGGCUUCUGAAGCAGAAGAAAAUGUAUGAAGGACAACGCGACAUGCUUUAUAAUCAGACAUUCAAUCUCGAUCAAGUCUCUUUCGCUGCUGAAGGUCUCAAAGAUGCUCAACAAACUCAAAUGCAUAUCUCUCUUUGUUUCUAAGCUAUUGUCCACGCCUCUGGACAUGGCUAGGUCAUAUAUGCGAGCUCGACUGCCAUGGGGAUCUCUGUCUGUGAACAAUUCAGAGUUUUGGUCACCAUCAUCAGCAGGGAUGCAACUUCUUAAGGAAGGAACACCAUUUUCUUAUAAUGCUGGAAACUUAUCCUCUUCCAAGGACUUUGAGUAGGAACAAACUUAACGGGACUAUCCCUGUGUCACUCACUGGUCUUCUGAACCUGAUAAAUCUUCUUUUUGAUUCCAAUAAUCUCAAUGGCCAGAUUCUUCAAACUCUAUUUCAGAUCCCAAAAUACAAUUUCACAGGAAACAACUUGAAUUGUGGUGUUGGUCAACCUCACCCUUGUGUAUCUGAGGUUGCCCGUUCAGGUGAUUCAAGCAAGCCAAAAACUGGCAUUAUUGCAGGAGUUACUGUCGUCCUCUUUGGAAUCUUAGUGUUCUUGUUCUGCAGGGAUAGACAUAAAGGAUACAAACGUGACGUGUUCGUGGAUGUUGCAGGUUGGUUCGUGGAUGUUGCAGCUGUACCACCUCAAAUUGGUUUGGUCUGUUUUGUGUUGUGGUUUGUUUGAACUUUAUAUAGUGGUGCUGCUCAGAACAUCAACAUCAGCACCAGAAUGAAUUUAAAAAGUUUUACAAAGUAUUAAUCUAUAUUUGCUGUCAA